AUGUAUCGACGACAACCACCCAGGCGUUAUGCCUGUACUCGAUGUGUUCGACUGAAAGUCAAAUGCGUCCCUGCCGGCUCAGGGGCUUGCCAGCGCUGUACGCGACUUGGCCAUCUAUCAUGCGUGUUCCCUGCCGAGUUGCGCGGAAACCCAACAGCAGGGCGAAUCAGCUCCGGGCCUCCCAGCAUAAGCGAUGAAGCAAAAAGCCCAAAGUUCCACGGACUCAUCGACGACAAAUUAGCCGAUGAGCUUCUAUCAAAAUACCGGGCGCAGAAAGUGCCGCAUUUCCCCUUUGUGGUUAUCCCUCUAGGGGCAAAUGCCGCGACGCUUCGCGAGCAGUCACCAUUUUUCCUUCUGUGUAUUUUGACUGCGUCUCUAGAACAUAAUUCCAAACUACAGGAGGAAUUGGAGCUUGUUAUUCGUAAAGAAGUCGCAAAUCGCAUCGUCGUGGGCAUAGAACGGAAUAUGGACCUCUUACAGGGUCUGCUCGUGCAUGGCGCUUGGUACCAUUACCACUGGAAGACGUACCACACGCAUAUGUAUAUGCUACUUCAGAUGACAUUGAUGGUGACUGCGGAUCUUUGCCUCGACAAGCAGGAGAGUUUCAGGAUGCAGACGAUCCCAGCUGAAGGGAAAGAACCCGAUAGUGCAUAUGGCACCAAGGAAUCAACCUCUCAAACUGCGGCCCAGCAGCGUGCUUUGUUGGGAUGCUACUACCUCUGCUCCAAAUCGUCUUUAUUUCGCCGGCAAAUUUAUAUGCGAUAUUCGCAGUGGAUCAACGACUGCGCCGAUGCGUUGGCAGAGAGACGGGAACAUCCAACGGACUCGAAGCUCAAGGUUUAUAUCGAUGCUCAGUCACUGGUGCGCCGAAGCCAGUUAUUAUUUGAUGAGGAGCGGCGGGGUCUCCAUCCUGCAUCAGAUAACUGGGAACAAAUUCUUGAGAUCAUGUCACAACAAGGGCGGAUGGAAAGUCUGCUGUCACAACUUCAUGGCCAGGACUGGCCGUUACGCAUCGAGCUAGGAGGAUUACCAGCACUGAUACUUGGCCAGGCGUUGGGAAGACAAAAGCAUGUCUUCAAACUACGAGAAAUGAACCAACUCCAACCCCUUAUAGAUUCCGCGCAUUACGUUGUCGACACGUAUCUAGAAACCCCUGCACCAGCUACUCUCCACUUUUCUUCCACUUCCUACAUCACCAUUUGGUUCAGCUUACUAGUCCUGUCCAAACUGAGUUUACUUUUUCAUCCCAAUAAACAACAAGCCACUGGGGUGAAUAAGAAGCAUGUCCAGAACAAAGGCGUCGCUAUAAUCCAAAGGUUCAAGGAUAUCUCUCCUGAAGAAGACGGUUUCUGGACAAGUUCAAGUAAGUCGAUUUCCACCUUGUUGGCAUGGCUAGAAAAGUCCAAUACCGAAGCACCCCCGGGAUCCGCAUCAGCAGAUACACAAACUGCCAGCGACAAUAAUGCAGCUACAUCUCAAUCUUCGCAACUUCUGGGGCUAAAUGCAACGCAUCAUCAGCCUGUUUGGCCCCUGACAGACACCCCAGACGUUGUCGCUUCUAUGAAUGGUCAGUUCCAACCGGUGGAUGAUUUUGACGUCCAUGUGUGGCAGCAGCUGCUCGAUAGCUUUACCUGGUUUGGGCCACCAGAGGAGGGAUUCGGACUUGGCCACUACGAUAUGUGA